GCGCAGGCCGCCUGCCCCGCCCGGCGCAGCGCGGCGCGGCGCGGCGCAGCACGGCCCGCCGGCGGGCAUGGCGCCGCUGGUGCUGUACCACUGGACGCAGUCCUUCUCCUCGCAGAAGGUGCGGUUGGCGAUAGCCGAAAAAGCCCUGAAGUGCGAAGAGCACGACGUAAACCUGCCGCUGAGCGAGCACAACGAGCCAUGGUUCAUGCGCUUAAACUCCGCUGGAGAAGUGCCUGUGCUGAUCCAUGGGGAGAACAUCAUUUGUGAGGCAACGCAGAUCAUUGAUUACCUUGAAGCGACAUUUGUGGAUGAGGAAGUACCAAGAUUAAUGCCAGAAGAAGGGAGCAUGUAUUAUCCAAGGGUGCAACACUACAGAGAGCUUUUAGACUCCUUGCCUAUGGAUGCCUACACACACGGCUGCAUCCUGCACCCCGAGUUAACAGUGGAUUCCAUGAUUCCAGCCUAUGCUACCAGCAGAAUUCGUAGCCAAAUAAGUAACACGGAAUCGGAGUUGAAGAAACUUGCGGAAGAAAAUCCAGACCUUCAAGAUGCCUAUAUAGCAAAACAGAAGCGCCUUAAAUCUAAACUGCUGGAUCAUGAUAAUAUAAAAUACCUAAAGAAAAUACUGGAUGAACUGGAAAAAGUUUUGGAUCAGGUUGAGACUGAAUUGCAGCGGCGAAAUGAGGAAACACCAGAAGAUGAAAAUCAGCCUUGGCUCUGUGGUGAUUUCUUCAGUCUGGCAGAUGUAUCACUUGCUGUCACGUUACAUCGCCUGAAGUUUCUGGGCUUAGCAAGAAGAAACUGGGGAAACGGAAAGCGGCCCAACUUGGAAGCCUAUUACGAGCGUGUCCUGAAGAGAAAAGCAUUUUACAAAGUUUUAGGACACGUCAACAAUAUAUUAAUCUCAGCCGUUCUGCCAACGGCGUUCCGCGUGGCCAAGAAGAGGGCACCCAGGGUUCUCGGCACCACCCUGCUGGUCAGCAUGCUAGCAGGAAUGGGUUACCUCGCUUUCAUGUGUCUUCGGAAGAGGUUUGCCAACGUGAUGUUAUCGAUUAGAACCAGGCAAAAUUAUUUUUAGACCCGUCUGUCCGUGGUGUUGAGUGGAGGGCAGCUCUACCCCCCAGGAAAAAUAUCCCCAGUAAAAUAUAAAUGUAGAAGAAAGGUUAUGUCUGUGAAUUAGAACACUGUCACACAGUAAUCAUCUCCUGCUGUUGUAUAAUUGGAUUGGCAAUGCCAAGGUAUUUGUGGAAAAUAAACGCUGGGGAGACAACAAAGGAAAGGAGAGACUUUCUUUUCAGAUGAAGACCAAUAAGGGCUGUGACAGUGCUUUGUGAAAGUGGUUAUUGUGUCCUUUACCCAGUAGCUGACCUAAUUAUAAUGCUUUUAUUUAAUAGAUAUGCAAGAAUGUGACAGCGUUUCACUGUGGGUGAAAUGCAUUACUGUGCAGAAGCUGGCAUUGUUGAAAUACUGAAAAUAGCACUUAGUUUAAAUGCUCAGAGUAGGAUUUAAGUGGAACAUAGGCUCUGCGUCUGCUGUGUACGGGAGUGAGUGUCUCUGUACUGAUUAAUGUCUAUGGAUUGCAGUUGGACCUUUAGGAAUGUGUUAAAAAGUAGCUUUGUGGAGCCACUUUUGUCACUGUAUGUUCAUGCAGCAGUACAGGAAGAGACCUGAAACACAUAUGAACAUCAAUGACUUGUGGGCCACACAACUGAAAUUCUCCAGAGACACCAGUGGUCAACAGCUGCUAGACUUCUGCUGAAAUAUCAAUGGGAGCGAGAAACCUAACGCUUGUCUUUUGAAAGCCGUUUGGGUAGCCUUGGCCCAGCCAGGUAUCCAGCUCAGCUGCAAGCCCUGGCUGAGUCAAACUAAAAUAUCUCAGUGUGCAUUUCCUGCUUCCAUUGGGGUGGCUUGAUACAGUUGUCUCCAAACUAGUGUUCUGUGUACCCUUUCUUGUUUCCGCUCCAAGCACUGGCUAUUUUUUAUGCGCUACUUGACUAUGUUAGCAAUUGCACGUGCCUCUGAAAUGUUUGUGCACAGUGUGCCACAGCCAACUGGAAAAUGUAUGCACAACAAUGCAUUUUGUAGAAGUAAUUUAGAACAGUUCACUAUCUUUCAGUCUGGUUAGAUAGCCUAGAUUGAAGGUGAAGCUGUAUUUUAGCAAUCUGUUUACUUCUGGAGAGGUGUCAUAUGAGUGGUAAGUGAAAAAUAUAGGUCAGUUUGGAGACAGAUGAUUUGUACUGCAGAUUUUUUUUUUGCAAAGCUACACACUUAGAGCAUGUAGGAAAGGUGUAGAAAAACAGUGAUUACUUGCCACUAUUCAGCAGAUGCUGAGAGUUUUAUUAGGUUUGAACUGAGCUCCCAGUUUAAUGAGAAAUGCACAUUACCUGAAAGUAGACCUUGGAUCCUUUUGAAGCAAGAAAGCAAUUGGGACGGGCUGAAAAAUCUUAUGGCAGUUAAAUAAGAUGUUUGUAUUCUCGGUGGAUGUCUGAAAGUCUCAGAGUUUUGUUUACAAGUUGUAGAUAACUGCAACAAGCAAAGCAUAGCUUUAAAUGUUUGCCGGUCAACAGCCAGCACUAACAGGCCUAAGUACAUUUUCGAUCCAAUGCUGGUGGCUGUGGUCUCUCUGCACAACUGCUUUUGAGCAUCAAGAAGAUCUUCUCUCAAGUUUGCUGGAGACGGCUGAGGCAGCUUCUGUCUGGGCAGUCUCACCAUCUAGCAGAUAUCAAAACGGAUAAAAUCAUUGAAUAUUCCUGCUUAUAAUUUAAUAUCGUGCUAGCUGUCUAGCAAAAGAAGACCCAAAUCUCGUUGCUCCUUUUCAGUAAUAAGAAACAUCUUACCUAGGAAACUGCUUUUUUUUUAAAUUUAUUUGUCAAGAAGACAGUUUUAUAUAAUUCUAUUUCAUGACCCAGUUGUUCUCAAGAACUUGCUAAAUUAAAUGUGUUCUAUUUAGAACAGCUUUAUCAUCUCUAGAGUAAGUUUAAUCCAACAAUACUAUUAAUGUGCUGGCAGCUUUAACUGAGUUUGUUUGUAUAUUGCAGUUCAUCUGCAUUUACUUGUAACCAACAAAUUCCACUAAGUUAAUAAACACAGAGUACGCCUGUAACUUAAUCCUUCCCUGGAAUGUAAAAUAUAAUCUGAUCAAGUCACGGUAAAAGUCAGUAUAUAUGACUUAGCUUUCUUUAGAAUUAAUUUGUCUUUUACUUUUUCCUUCCUCUGUUUUUCAGUGUGUUAGUUCUAGAUAAGAACACUUACAUUCCCAGAGGUGUGGAGUUCAGUUCACACUAGCAGCCCUGUGGGCUAAUACAGGCUAAUUAUUGAUGAAGCAGUUUUACUACCACCACCACCACCCCCCCUCCCAAACCUCAGUAAUGUCUCUGCUCCGGCUAGCACUUGUUGCCUGCCAGGAGCUGCAGGUGCUGUUGGGAAGGACUGAAAUGACCACCAGAUGUCAGUGGUCCUCCAGGGCUACGCUUUGGCAUGCCUCUGACAUGUGCAGGAAAAUGCUGGUUUUCACAAACUAAAUGUUUGUGAUCUCAGCAUAAGAUGGAUGCGAGCAUCCUCAUCAGACUAGCAGUCUUGCAAGAGCUUUUGAAACAACUGCUUUGGUCUGCUACAGCCCGGUUCUCCGGUAUCAUUUAUGCUUGUGUGUAGUUUCUACACUGGAUAAAUAAGAGGGCAAAGUUGAAAUAAUAUUUCACAUUAAAAUGAAUGUCACUGACCGGCAAUUGAACUUGUCAUCUGCAGGAAUGAAUGUGGAUAAAACUUUUACUGUGUUUGGAUCCCUGGUUUAAUUCAUGUCUGUUAGUUCAGCUAUUUGAUAGUCUACUUAUUUUCACUGCCCUGAAGUAGUCUGUGCAACAUCCAUUUCUGUACAGGUGACAGCAAAAGGCUUAUCCAUGAUUAAAUUCCUCAAAAUAGGGUGAGAUUUAGAAGCACAUGUGGCGUAUAUGGCUCUUUGCGUAGGGUAGCUUUUGUGUGGUGCUUUUAAAGUUUCUUUUCAUCCUGGCUUAUUUUCUUUGCUGUGGUACCUCUGUGUACUGUUCAAAUUGGAUACACAAGCAGUCUUCUGGUUUUCAUUUACUGUUUGCUCUCAUAUCACACAUCAGAUAUAUUUCGUAUCAUAUACUUAUAUGUGGGACCUGCGCAAUAAACAUCGAUUUUAAGAUCA